UAUAAAAAUACAGCCGGUCUCUUGGGAACGAGGAUUUUCUGCAUCUGAAGGGAAAAAUAGGGGGCCUGAUUUCCCAAUUCUCCCUCUAACUCCCUUCAGUCGAUAUCUCAAUUUCACUGUUUUUCUUGUAAUUGCGUCUACUUGAUACGAUCAUUGAAGCGAGUGUUUGCUGGUUGGCCCUUUUUUUUUCCUGGCAAGCCAUCUUGCUUGGAUAGCUCAAACUUCGUUCCACGCUUGAUAGAAACAUCUUCAGGCACUAACUACCAUCACCAGCCUCACCUAAAAAUGCUGCUUCCUCGACCCGGAGGGUUACAGACAUCUCUGUCCCUAGUUUUAUCAGAUGCUUGUGGGUCCCUCCAUCUUCAAGAACCUGGUUUAAGCUCAGAGGAUGUAAGUGAGUCCCCAAUAGAGAGUGCCAGCUCCCAUGAGGCCUGGCCUACUUGUGGUGAUAAUGCUAUUAUGGGCAAAAAAUUGGAGAAAGAGAAAGAGGGAGAAAGCAAUUGCCCUGAACAGUCAGUCAUUCGCAAGGUUUCUAGUUUAGAUAAGAUGUCUCUUCGUGAUGUAGCUAGUGAACAAGUUGAGAUUAUCUCUGAAAGAAUGCAUUCUCUGACAGAUGAGUUACUAGAGAAGCUCAAGAAUGAGCUUCGUGCCAUUCUUGAAGGAACAGGAGGUUCUCAGCAUAGAGAAGAGUUUUUGAUUCUGCAGAAGCUUGUUAAGAGUAGGGCUGAUCUGACGGCUACUACUCUGAUUACAGCACAUAGGGUUCAACUAGAAAUUCUUGUUGCAAUAAAUACGGGAAUUACAGCAUUUUUACAUCCAAACAUCAGUCUCUCCCAGGCAUGUCUCAUUGAGGUAUUUGUGUAUAAGAGAUGCAGAAACAUUGCUUGCCAGAACCAGCUUCCAGCAGGUGAUUGUACUUGUGAACUAUGCACCAAUAGAAAUGGUUUCUGCAAUCUGUGCAUGUGUGUGAUCUGUAACAAGUUUGGCUUUGAGGUGAACACAUGUCAUUGGAUUGGUUGUGACUUGUGUUCUCAUUGGACUCACACAGAUUGUGCAAUUCGUAAUGGACAAAUUGGAAUGGGUCCUUGUGUUAAGAGUGGACCUGGACCCACUGAGAUGCUUUUUAGGUGCCGAGCUUGCAAUAGGACAUCUAAGUUGCUAGGGUGGGUCAAGGAUGUCUUCCAAAAUUGUGUACCUUGUUGGGACCGGGAUACUUUAAUAAGUGAACUUGAUUUUGUUAGUAGGAUCUUCCAUGGAAGUGAGGAUCCCAGAGGGCAGAAGCUAUUUUGGAAGUGUGAGGAUGUCAUAGGAAAGAUGAAGGGUGGACUUCCAGAGUCAACAGCCUGCAAAAUAUUGUUGCUGUUCUUCCAAGAGCUUGAGGUGGAUCCAACCAAAAACCCUGAAUCAGAAGAAGGUGGACAACUGAUAGCCCCACAAGAAGCAUGCAAUCGAAUAACGGAUGUGGUUCAAGAGGCCAUAAGAAAAAUAGAAAUGGUUACUGAGGAAAAAAUGCGAAUGUUCAAGAAAGCUCGUCUAUCUCUUGAGGCAUGUGACAAGGAGCUUGAGGACAAGGCCAAGGAAGUUGAAGAGCUGAAAUUGGAGAGGCAGCGCAAGAAACAACAUAUUGAUGAGCUGGAUAGUGUUGCGAGGCUUAAGCAGGCUGAGGCAGAAAUGUUCCAGCUUAAGGCCUGUGAGGCAAGGAGAGAGGUUAAGAGGCUCCAGAGGAUUGUCUUUGCAAAGUCAGAGAAGGCAGAGGAAUAUGCCAGCAGGUAUUUGAAACUCCGGUUGAAUGACGCUGAGGCUGAGAAACAGUAUCUAUUUGAGAAGAUAAAGCUUCAGGAGAGUUCAUGGACAUCUCAAAGCAGUGGCAGGGGUAGUGACUCUUCCCAGAUGCUGAUGCUUUGCAAGAUCCAGGACCUGCUGAAGAAUGUGUACAAUGUGCCUCCAAAGGCAGAGACCCAGCCUAAUGACCAUCACUCCCUUGGUUCGGUCCCUUGAAAGAAAGUAUGUGAUGUUGCAUUAGUAAGAUAACUGUUCUUCAUACACAAUGCGUGAAUGGCAAUGGUAUUUUCAUUAGGUUCUGUUUUGUUUUUAUUUUUUCCCCAGUGGAAAACAAAUAUGUCGUUAUUAGUUGCUAAUCUGUGACCUGUGAACUUAUCAAAUUGGCAAUGGAAAGAUUUAGCCAGAAAAUUCAUAACAUGGACAUGCAGACUUGUAAUCCUGCAUGCAUUACAUGUUUAUCUGUGUAUUUAUCAUAGGGUGCAAAUUUCAAGAGCUCAAAAUUCAUGUUCACAACAA